AUGAGACGAGCGCUACAUUUUGUUUUUAAAAUUGGCGACCGAGCCAAAACGGCAACAUUUUACCGAGAUGUUUUGGGCAUGAAGGUUUUGCGCCACGAAGAGUUUGUCGAAGGCUGCAAAGCAACAUGCAACGGUCCCUAUGAUGGCAAAUGGAGCAAGACUAUGGUUGGUUUUGGUCCAGAAGACGACCAUUUUGUUGCUGAGCUCACCUACAAUUAUGGGGUGGGAGAUUACCAACUUGGUAAUGAUUUUUUGGGGCUGACCCUCCAGUCCAGCCAAGCCAUUAGCAAUGCCAAACGUUUGGGCUGGCCCCUCACAAAAGUGGGGGACGCAUUGUACCAGACACAGGCUCCAGGGGGGUAUCGCUUCUACCUAGUGGAUAAAGAACAGCCCCUCACAGAUCCUGUGCAGAAGGUUUGCCUUGGAGUAUCGGACCUCCUAAAGUCCACCCACUACUGGUCGACACUGUUGGGAAUGAAAGUGAUGGAAAAGAACGAAGACAAAAAAACAGUGCUGCUGGGAUUCGGAGACACGCAGUGUAAACUGGAGCUGUGUGACAUUAAUGGGACUGUGACUCAUGGAACAGCAUUUGGGAGGAUUGCCUUUUCAUGCCCCCGUGAUCAACUUCCGGACCUGGAAGCAUUGAUGAAAAAGGAGGAUCAGAACAUUCUCACACCAUUGGUGAGCUUGGACACUCCUGGAAAAGCCACCGUGGAAGUGGUAAUUCUGGCUGACCCUGAUGGUCAUGAGAUUUGCUUUGUUGGCGAUGAAGCAUUUCGACAGCUUUCGUUGGUGGAUGCUCAAGCAAAUGAGUUGCUUGAUAAGGCCAUGACUGAAGACAAAAGCAACGAGUGGUUUGCAAAGCACAACAGACAAAAAGCUGCUGCUUGA